AUGGCGCUGGUGGCAAUCCCAUUGGCUUGCGCCUAUCGCGCUGGCGCCUACCGUGCUGGCGCCUGUCGCGCUGGCGCCUGUCGAGUUGGCGCCUGUCGCGCUAGCGCCUGCCACGAUGGCGCCUUUCGCGCUAGCGCCUGUCGCGCUGGCGCAUGUCGCGUUGGCUGGUGCCUAUCGCGCUGGCUGGCGCCUAUCGUGCGCCUAGAGCGCCUGGCGCGUAACGCGUUGGUGCCUAUCGCGCUGGCGCCUAUCCCGCUGGCGCUUUUCCCGCUGGCUGGCACCUAUCUCGCUGGCGCCUAUCUCGCUGGCGCCUAUCGCGCUGGCGCCUAUCCCGCUGGCUGGCGCUUAUCCCGCUGGCUGGCGCCUACCGCGCUGGCGCCUACCGUGCUGGCACCUGGCGCGCUGGCGCUUGUCGCGCUGGCGCCUGUCGCGCUGGCGUCUGUCGCGCUGGCGCCUGUCACACUGGCGCCUGUCGUGCUGGCGCCUGUCUCGCUGGUGCCUGUCGCGCUAGCGCCUGCCGCGAUGGCGCCUGUCACGCUGGCGCCUGUCGCGCUGGCGCCUUUCACGCCGGUGCCUGUCGCGAUAGCAUCUACCGCGAUGGCGCCUAUCGCACUGUCGUUUAACACGCUGGCCCCGAGUGUGCUAGUGCCUGUUGCGUUGUCCCGUUUGCAAGAUCCCUUAGGGCAUGUCACUGCUUUGCGAGAGCGCCACAGUGGUGGCGAAAUCAACGCCAUGGAUCUGGAGCUGAUGAUCAAAGGACCUCGUGCGAAGUGGGCUCGCGAUUACCCACCUCAUCGCGCUAAUGCGGAAAUUGAGUUCGCUUCUCCCCGUGCUGAAGGCAACAACGUCAACAUCGAUGGCAUUGAAGGCGCAAGAGUUACGCGUGGUAAACUGCGAGGAGCCGUCAGAGUGAACACCACGAGCGUAAGUGGAACGCAAGCGCAAGUUCUUCGGUCAGCCGCCGCAGCAAGUGCGCGUAGUGACGCGCACGAUCGUCGCAACUUUGCAUGA